AUGAAAGAAAGAGAUGGGUUCCAGUUCAUGUGUCAAAGACUACAUCUGGAAAACCUCAUUCUCCAACAACAAGUUCAAAAGCUUGAAGCCAAUGCUUCUUCUGCAAGAGCUGCUGCUGCUGCUGCUCCUGUUAGUUACGUAGAAGAUAACCCUAUUGCUCGGGUCGCUUCGUCAUCGGAGUCUACUGAAACGUCGUUACCAUUGUUGCUGCAACCGUCAUCGUUAACAUCAUGUGCCAUUGAUAACAUGGUAUUGACAAAAGGGUUGCCCAAGAAAGGGAAGUUCUUGCAGGCCAUGAUGGAAGCAGGUCCUCUACUCCAAACCAUUCUUCUUACAGGUCCAGUUCCUCAAUGGCAAAACCCACCACCACAACUCAAUUCAAUUCACAUUUCAUUGGCAAGCACCCCUUCAGCAUUUAUGAUCAGUAAGUGUAAUCAUAGUGAUGGUAGACAGUUGAUUAGUAAGAGAUGA